AUGUUGAACGCUUUCGUCGUCUCGUUGACGGUGGUUUUUGUGAUUUUGUUCGAGGAGAUAUCGGUGGUGGCGAUGAAAAUUCGUCGUUUUUCGAGAAAUUCCUUUUCUUCGUCCGCGUAUGUAAAACGAACUUUUCGGGAAGAGAACGAAGAGGAGGAGCGAAUUCCUCCGCCUUCGGGUGUUGAGCAUUUGCAACCAACGACGAGUGAAAAGGAGGAGGAGGAGAUAGUACUACUCACCGAGAAAACAUCAGCAGAAGAAGAAAAAGAAGAAGAAGAAGAGAAUAACGAGGACGACGAUGAUGACAUCGACAGAAACGACGAGGACAAAAUGAAUGGCGUAAAGAGUAACGGCGGCGUGUACGCGCGUUCGUACGCCGAGUGGAUGGUGCGCGAGCGAGGCAACGAAAAGCCAAGGAGUCAAAGGAGGAAACGCGCAACGAGUUCGUCAAUUUUUGAUUUGCGCGGAGACUGUCACGAAAAGUGUUUCAAUGGCGGCAAGUGCGAUUACUUUAGCGGCAAGUGCGAUUGUCCAGUUGGGUUCAAAGGCUCGAGUUGUGAAGAUGAAGAGCAGACGUUCCCGUGCAGCGACGGAUUAGAGUUGCGGUGCUCUCACGCGUGCGACGCGACGAGAGGUUUGUGCGUGUGUGGAGAAGGCGCGAGACAUCCCCAGAGAGUUUUGCAUCAGUGGCCAUUUUGUAGUCCAGAUAUGUCAAAGUAUGGAAAAGAAGACUGGUGGAAAGGAAAUGGAGAUGUAGGGGACGAGUACAUUGUAAAUAGGAACAGUAAAAAGUUGGAAGAGUUAAAAUUGGGUAGAAAAGAGUGGGGAGGAUUGCCGACGUUUGCGAUGGUGUUCGGCAGAGAAAAUCCGAGCGCGACGAGUUUGAAAGUAGAAGCGCCGUUUCUCGAGCGCGCGCGAGAGGGUAUUUACGAUGAUAGCGACGAAACAGAGCAAGGAAAGAUAACGAAAGGGAGAGAGAUCGCAAAGGAACUCCCGUCGUGGUGCGACGCAGACUCUAUUCGAACGUUUGAUCCAAUUCGAGAGAAAGACGAGAAUCUCAACGUGCAUCCUCAAGCCGUGAGAAGCUUUCGAGAUUGCAUCAGUAAAUGUCCAGGAAGCAGGUACGGCAAAGCGUGCGAAAAAAUAAUACCGACUUGGUGUCCAAAUCAAUGCAGUGGAAAUGGCGAGUGCGAUGAUGGUUUCUGUAAAUGUAAGAAGGAGUUUUGGGGCGCAGACUGUUCGCUUACGGUGCCAAACAGCGUGAGUUUAUCUUCAUCGCGAAUGAUCGAUUCCGUGAGAUCCGUAUACUCGAAACUUGAAAGUAAACGUCCCUUCAUAUACGUGUACGAAAUGCCAUCAAAGUUCACCUCACAUUGGACGAAAUACGUCAACAGAGGCGAAUUUGUGUGCGGCGAUCGAUUUUACGAGAAACCAAACGACAUCGACAACGACAACGACGACGACGCUUCUCCGCCGCCAUUCCCAGAAAGACCGUCGAAGUGGUUUUAUUCCUUGGAAAAUACACUUCACGAAUUCUUACUCAGGUCGGCACAUCGUACAAUCAAUCCCGAGAACGCGGACGUAUUUUUUAUCCCGCAAUACGGAACGUGCUAUCGUUUAGCAUACCAAACGCCUUCGCCGCAAGUUUCGCUGUCGCUGAUCAAGACAAAGCCCGGCGAUCGCUCGCAUGCGGCAAAUCUCUUUCUAGAACGAGUAACAGAGUACGUUCGAAAUAUUCCAUUCAAUGUCAUCAACAACGAGAAAGGUGAGAUACAGUCGUAUUUCGAUAGGAAUGAAGGUCGAGAUCACGCGGUAAUCGCCGCGUACGAUGAAGGCGCUGUGCACUUUCCUGACAGUAUUGCCAAUGCAAUUUUCAUCACGCAUUGGGGAAAUACAGGAUAUCCACGCAACAGUUCGCACACGGCUUACUCACCGGAUAAAUGGGAUGAACUCGUCAAGCAAGGGGUUGUUACUGGUGCAUGGCGCGCGUACAAUCGGAAUAAAGAUAUCGUCGCCCCUCCUUGGUCGCAGCCAAAGACUAACGAAGUCCGCGAACCCGCAGACGUGAAUAGUUGGACACCAGCGACUCAAAGAACGACGUUUUGUUUCUUCAGCGGAAAUCUUGGUUUGGAAAAACCAUGGGGUGAAGACUACUCGCGCGGUUUACGUCAAAAAGUUGCGAGAAGAUGGCAAAACGUCUACGGUUUCGAUAUUCUCUCACACACGGACGACUACUUGGGAAGAAUACGCUCGUCCAAAUUUUGCCUCGCACUUCCAGGAGAUGGGUGGAGUGGAGGUCUUUCCGUUUAUAUUCGAAAUGGCUGCAUACCAGUCAUCGUACAAGAUGGCGUCGACAUGCCUUGGGAAGGCACGUUCCUCGACUACUCGAAGUUUUCCAUCCGCGUUCGCGAAGGAGACGUCGAAAACCGUCUCCAAAGCGUCCUCGAAACGGUUACACCGGAAGAGCUUCAAAACCUUCAAAACGGUCUCAAAAACGUCUGGCACUUCUUCUCGUACGACGUGCCUAAACAACCGGCAUUUGGACCUCCGGAUGAGAACUUUAAAGGUUCCUGGUCUCCUCCACCCGUCGAUGAAGAAGAAGGAGACGAAAAAGGACCGACGCCUCGCGACGCCUUGGAGUCGCUCGUCCACGCGCUCCAUUUCCGCGCGCAUACGAAUAGUAAGAAAGAAAGGUCAUCGUCGUCUGCGUACGAGUACACGUACGCGUAG